AUGUUUCACACGUUCGAAGGGUUCGAGAACCCAACUCUUCCGACUACUGUGCGCGGACGCAACCAACGUCAACAAUCUGUCGGACGCCGAGUUACUACCCUCCGGGCCUGCACAUCUUGUCGGCACCGAAAAAUUAAAUGCGAUGGAGAAAAGCCAUGUGAAGCAUGCAGAUGGUAUAAGAAAGCAGAUUUGUGUCAGUACUCUGAUCCUCGGCCAUCUCGCAGGCAUGUGGAGAAACUAUCGACCACACUGGAUGAAUUUAGGGGAGUGCUUGACAAGCUCUUCCCAGGCAUUCCAGCGGAGACCCUGGUCAACUUGCCUCGGGACAAACUCUUGGAGCUGACAGGCAAGGGAGCUUCCCAGAUGCAGACGCAAGCGCCACACCCGGCAUCCCCAGCAACCUCGGCAUCAGUGGAGGCUCACGCAUCUCCGGCAUCCAGCGAAGACGGCAAUCUCGAGUCUUUACAAACCAUACCUGAUCACACAACUGAUGAUCGCGAAUUGAAGAGUUCCGAGCUCACGAGUACCGUGUCCGACGAUGUCAACGCUUUAUCUCUCUCGGCCAAACAGCCAUCCUCCUAUUUGGGUGUCUCUUCCAUCCAUGCUGUGUUAAAGGUGAUAGUAUGGCUGGAGCCGAGCUCCCUCUCUCACCUGUCUCGCGCACCUGCUACAGGAGUUCGUCGGGAUUCAGUCAUGGAAAUUGCUUCUCCAGAGGCCCAGGCCUGGCAGGUCUUUGGGUCUCAGCCGCACCAUGGCACAUCAACUGUGCCCGAGUCUCAACUGCUCGACGCUUACUUUACCUACUUUCAACCAUUCGUUCCAAUGCUGGACGAACACUCUUUUCGCCAAACGUAUCUUUCUUCACGCAGGAAGGACAAGCAAUGGCUCGCAUUGCUGAACAUUGUCUUUGCUUUGGGCAGCAUAGCAGCCACCCCUGCCGAUGACAUGUCUCAUCAAACAUAUUAUUUGCGGUCGAAGAGCCAUUUAGAUUUGGAAAGCCUUGGUUCACCGCACGUGGAAACCAUUCAAGCUCUGGGCCUCAUGGGUGGCUAUUACCUCCACUAUAGCAGCCAGCCCAACCUCGCAUACUCCAUGAUGGGGGCGGCAUUGCGCAUGGCCGCAGCUCUGGGCUUGCACAAGGAAGUCUCGGAUGGCCAAUACGGCAACAGCAGGAAUAGGUUAUUUUCAGUUGAUCACAAACGUCGAGUCUGGUGGUCUCUGUUCUGUCUGGAUACGUGGGGUGGCAUGACCUUGGGCCGACCAAGCAUGGGUCGACUGGGUCCAGCGAUCACCGUUAAAUUGCCACAUUACAGGGAAACAGGAAAUGUGCUCGAUCUUCUACCACUUCUGGAAAAUGUUCGAUUCUGCAAGAUCGCGACCCAAAUUCAGGAGGUCCUGGCCGUAGCACCGUUGACAAAGCCUCAUGAAAUGGCAAAUCUUGACAGCCAGCUCCUUGAGUGGUAUGAUAACCUACCAUAUAUCCUGAAAGACCACGAGCCAUGCUCAGAGUCGAUCGCAAUCACGAGAACUGUCAUGAAAUGGCGAUAUUACAAUCAGCGGAUGCUCUUGUACCGCCCUACCCUGCUCAGCUACGCCAUGCGGCGGGUACCAUACAUUGUGCUCAGGUCCGAAGAAAGGACAGCUAUUGAAAGAUGCAGGGAAAUUGCCGAGGCUACCAUACAGGAUGUAGCUGCCAAGGCACAAUUCCAUCAGAUGUCAGGCUGGAAUGCAGUAUGGCUUAUCUUCCAAGCUGCAAUGGUUCCUCUUCUAGGGCUGUUUCUCAACGAUGGUACAGUUGAUGAUCCAAGAGCGACAGCUGAAGCGUGUCAGGCUCAGGUGGAAACGACAAUGCUUGUCCUGGAGCGUUUGGAACCUUGGAGCCCAGCCGCCAAAUCGACGCUGGAGGCCGUUUCCCGGAUAUUUGAGGCCGGUAAACGAGGCCACAAUGUCACCGGGGAAGCCCACAGCAUUCACAGCGGUAGCUGUGUGACGGCUACUGAAGAUCUUGGCGCAGUGCCUGGGGUAUCCCCGCUGCAAAUCGACUUCGGUCGCGCAAUGCCACACGAGAAUGGAUUUGUGGAUCCGUUUGAGCCCCAAUUUAUCAAUGAUUCUGCUGGGCAGUAUCUUUGGGACUUUCUUAGCUGGAGCGACAGUAACUUGUUGCAGGGUUUGGCUGAUAUUGACAAUGUAAACAACGCACCACUGUUUCCCCAGGAGGAAAGAAAUACAAAGUAUGGAAGCAGCGAGAGUACUUAUUUUGGAGGUCAAUUGGGAGAUUCAACAUUUUUCAUCAAUUCAGGGCCGUCUUUCUACUAG